GAGCGCGGCUGCCCUGGCCCGCAGCUCCGCAGGGCUGCUGCCGUUGCUGCUGUUGAGAGGCGGCGGCGGCGGCACAGACGGGCGGGCAGGAAGGAUGGUGUUUCUGUGGCCGGGGCGGCGGGUGCGGACUAGGAGCCGGGCUGACGUGUGCUCAGGAGCAGCUGGCGCGGGUGCCGCUGAGGCAGGCAGAACCGACUGACGGACGGACCGACGGAAGGAGACCCGAGAGCCGGCCCCCGGGGCCGUGCAGUGGGCGAGAUGCCGGGGCCGCCCGCGUUGCUCCUACUGCUGCUACUCCUGGCCGCCGGCAGUGCCGGGGCCGCGCCACUUCCGCAAACAGGUGCAGGGGAGGCACCUGUGGCAGAAGUUUCCUCCUCUUUUGUGAUCCUGUCUGUGUGCAGUUUAAUGAUACUAAUAGUAUUAAUCGCAAACUGUGUAUCCUGCUGUAAGGACCCGGAAAUAGACUUCAAGGAAUUUGAAGAUAAUUUUGAUGAUGAGAUCGAUUUCACACCACCAGCAGAAGACACUCCCUCAGUUCAGUCCCCAGCAGAAGUUUUCACACUUUCAGUACCAAAUAUCUCACUACCAGCUCCGUCACGGCUCCAGUCUUCUGUAGAAGGUUUGAAGUCCCAAGUUGCCCGCCACAGUCUAAACUAUAUACAGGAAAUUGGAAAUGGCUGGUUUGGAAAGGUCCUCCUCGGGGAGAUUUACACAGGCACUAGUGUAGCGAGAGUGAUAGUGAAGGAGUUAAAAGCGAGUGCGAGCCCAAAGGAACAAGAUGCUUUUUUGAAAAAUGGCGAACCUUACUAUGUUCUUCAGCAUCCAAAUAUUCUUCAGUGUGUGGGGCAGUGUAUAGAAGCAAUUCCCUAUCUCCUGGUGUUUGAGUUCUGUGACCUGGGUGACCUAAAAGCUUACCUGCGCAGCGAGCAAGAGCACAUGAGGGGGGACUCGCAGACCAUGCUGCUGCAACGGAUGGCCUGUGAGAUUGCAGCGGGCCUGGCCGCCAUGCACAAGCUGCACUUCCUGCACAGUGAUUUAGCCCUGCGGAAUUGUUUCCUUACCUCGGAUCUAAAUGUGAAAGUGGGAGAUUAUGGGAUAGGACUCAGCAGGUACAAGGAGGAUUAUAUUGAAACAGAUGAUAAAAAAAUUUUCCCUCUGCGAUGGACUGCUCCAGAACUAGUAACCAGCUUUCAAGACAGACUACUAACUGCAGAUCAGACGAAGUAUAGUAAUAUCUGGUCCCUGGGUGUGACGCUUUGGGAGCUCUUCGAUAAUGCUGCUCAGCCUUAUUCCGACCUCUCCAACUUAGAUGUUCUCAAUCAGGUCAUUCGAGAGAGAGACACAAAACUCCCUAAGCCCCAGCUGGAGCAGCCUUAUUCUGACAGAUGGUAUGAAGUCUUACAGUUCUGCUGGCUGUCCCCGGACAAGAGGCCUGCGGCUGAGGAUGUGCAUAGGUUGCUCACCUACCUGCGGAUGCAGAGCCAAAGGGACUCCGAAGUCGACUUUGAGCAACAGUGGAAUGCUCUUAAACCAAAUGCAGAUAGCAGAGACACCUCAAGUAAUGCCGCGUUCCCAAUCCUGGACCACUUUGCCAGGGAUCGGCUGGGCCGUGAGAUGGAGGAGGUCCUCACCGUGACUGAGACCAGCCAGGGCCUGAGCUUUGAGUAUGUCUGGGAGGCAGCUAAGCAUGACCACUUUGAUGAGCGCAGUCGGGGUCCCCCGGACGAAGCCUUGUCCUACACAAGCAUCUUCUUUCCAGUCGAAGUUUUUGAGAGUUCACUUUCAGAUCCUGGGCCGGGGAAACAAGAUGACAGUGGCCAGGAUGUGCCCCGCGGGGCCCCCGGAGUGGUUCCUGUUUUUGAUGCCCACAACCUUUCUGUUGGAAGCGACUAUUACAUCCAGUUGGAAGAAAAAAGCGGUAGCAACUUGGAGCUUGAUUACCCACCUGCACUGCUCACCACUGAAAUGGAUAACCCAGAAAGGAUAAGCGAGGAGGCGCCCCAGUUCCUGACACUCAGGAACCUUGAAUUAGAGGAGUCCAGUACAGAUGAGGAUUUCUUCCAGAGCAGUACAGACCCCAAAGAUUCCAGUGCACCCGAGGACGUACAGGUCCCCAGGGGCCCUGAGAGCCCUUUCAACAGUAUAUUUAGCGAUCUUGACAAAUCAGAGGACUUGCCCAGUCACCAAAAAAUAUUUGACUUAAUGGAACUAAACGGAGUUCAAACUGACUUGAAGCAGACCGCUUUAAGUUCAAGUCUGGAUGACUCCAGAGAGUCCGUCAUAACAUGCCACUUUGAGAAGGAAAACCCCCGUAAGCUUUUUGACUGCGAGCCUCUUUGCUUAUCAGAAACCCUUAUACACCAAGAUAAUUUUGAUCCACUGAACGUUCAAGAGUUAUCAGCAAACUUUUUGUUUCUUCAAGAGAAAAACUUACUAAAAGACUCCCUGUCCAACAAAGAACAUAUUAAUGAUCUUCAAACAGAACUUAAAAACGCUGGCUUCACCGAAACGAUAUUAGAAACUCCACAUAGAAACUCUUUAGACCUUGAAGUUAAGUUUGCCGAGACUAAAGCAGCCUUUCCCUUGCUGCAGGAAAGCCUCGGCACAAAGGGAGAAGAUACAGAUGUCGCGCUUGAGGACAACACUUUGAACACCUCGUUACGGUCUUCCCCAGAAGUGCAGGUCCCUCCUACCUCACUGGAGACAGAAGGGGCAUCUCCUUGCUUCCCUCCAGACACCCUCCGGAAGCCCGGAGAACCCACAGGCCCGGAUGUCCGUGGCCGCGAAGACUGUCUCUGCCAAGAAAUAAAUCCAGGCCCUGAGACCAUCAUGGUAGGAACUCUCGCAGCAGAUGCCAGAACACACGGCGUUGGUGACGGGUCCCAGGACCUGACCCACCAAAGUGAAGAGGCCUUGAGACCGACCAAAAGGGACUCGGUCCUUGCUGAUGACAUUUUUGCCAAUAAGGUGAGUAUAGGAAGUAGUGUUCCAGAAUCAAAACAGAACCUGGAACAUCAGCCAAUCUUGGAAGAUUGCCACAGUGAUGACGUGCUGGAGAGAAGCUCAGAAGGUGUGGACUCCCGGAGUGAGCGGCACUGUGAAGAUGCUGCAAAGGAGGGGGGCCUGGUGUCCGCCCUCUCCUCAGACUCGACCAGUCAAGACAGCCUUUUAGAAGAGAGCUUGUCAACACCCAUUCCGACCUCGGAACAGUCUGUGGAGACCCCGGACUCUCUGGAUUCAGUGGAUGUUCAUGAAGUUUUAUUGGGUUCCUUAGGCUCUCACACUCCCCAGAAACUCGUGCCCCCUGAUAAGCCUGCAGAUAGUGGCUACGAGACAGAGAACUUGGAGUCCCCAGAAUGGACUCUGCACCCCGCCCCCGACAGUGCCUCAGCCCCAGAGGCAGCCAUGGCGGGCGAUGGCAGCCCUGGCACUCCGCCCCCCAACCCAGUCAUUGUCAUCUCGGACGCAGCCGACAGCCACAGAGGUACAGAAGUGGCCCCACAGACUUUCGCGCCUGGCUCUCAGAGCUCAUACCGUGACUCUGCUUACUUCUCAGAUAAUGACUCUGAGCCUGAUAAGAAGUCCGAGGGGGUCCCGGGACCCUCGGCCUCGGCCUUGGUAGUGGUAACGGACCAGCCCCUGCCUGAGCCGGUCGCGCCAGAGCACAGCCCUGGUGCCACGGACAGUUGCCUGGAAACCAGACACAGCCAGCCGGACCAAAGUUGUCUCCCUGCUUUGCACAGUCCCGGUCACCCGGAGUCCGAAGAGUCGUCGGAACCGGCACCAGGCGAUGUCUCCAAGCAGACUCCGCCUCUCGAAGAUGAGGGCGGUAGCCCCUUGAGUUUGGGGAACUCCGAGCUGAGCAGCAGCGAGGACUUGGAGGCACCAGAGGAGCGCCCCUGCACGCUCGCUUCCACCGGAACCAACACCAAUGAGCUCCUGGCCUUUGCAAGUGCCGCCCUGCGCCCCAGCUGCGCAGCGGACCUGAUGGCCGAGAAGUCCUCGUGCGACCGCUCCGAGGGCCCCAAGCUGAAGGAGCCAGAUAUCGAAGGGAAGUACCUCGGGAAGCUGGGCGUGUCAGGUAUGCUGGACCUCUCGGAGGACGGCAUGGAUGCAGACGAGGAAGACGAGAACAGCGACGACUCGGAUGAAGACCUGCGGGCGUUUCACCUGCACAGCCUGAGCUCCGAGUCGGAGGACGAGACCGAGCACCCCGUGCCCGUGAUCCUCAGCAACGAGGACGGGCGGCACCUGCGGAGCCUGUUGAAGCCCACUGCCACUGUCGCCAUUGACCAGCUACCGGACGACUGGAAAAAAGAAAAGAAGGCGGUGACAUUUUUUGAUGAUGUCACAGUCUAUCUGUUUGACCAGGAGACCCCAACCAAAGAGCUGGGGCACUGUGGAGGAGAUGCCCACGGCCCCGAGUUGAGCAGCCCGGCCCCGUCUUCAGGUUCUCCCUACCUGAGCAGGUGCAUAAAUUCCGAAAGCUCGACUGAUGAAGAAGGUGGAGGCUUUGAAUGGGAUGACGACUUCUCCCCAGACCCUUUUAUGGCAAAGACAACAAGUAACCUUCUUAGUUCCAAGCCUUCUCUUCAGACAUCUAAGUACUUCUCACCGCCUCCGCCGCCACGGAGCGCGGAACAGAGCUGGCCUCACACCCCGCCGUAUUCCCGAUUCUCCAUCUCACCCGCCAACAUCGCCAGCUUUUCUCUCACUCACCUUACUGACUCGGACAUCGAGCAAGGAGGAAGCAGCGAGGAUGGAGAGAAGGAUUAGGUGGCCUGAUGCACGCUUGGGCCCCGGGCUGCUCUCCGUGGGUGGCAUUCCGGCGCUGCAGCCUGGCGGUGACUUCCCCUCGACAGUGUGACGGCAUCAGCUGCAGCGGGUCCGGCCCAGGAGAGAGACUCGGAGGCCCGCAGGGAGCCGGGGAGGCCCCAUGGCUGCUCGCACCCUGGUUGCCCUCGGGGGGCACUGCCCCCGCUCUGCUGUGUGGGAGCUGUAGGCUCCGGGCCAUUUCCAGUUUCCCUGCAGGGGUGUCAUCCAUGUCCACGUCUGCGCAUCCCUGCUGCGCACGAGGGCCCGGAGGAUCCCGAUGGGAGCGGGCGCCUGUGAGUGAGGCAUAUUUAUUACUUGUAAAGAAAUCACUACUUGCUUUCUGUAAUUGCACUGUGGGUAGGUGUUCUCUGAGUACCGAUACUGUACAGAAUCUUAAAUUAUUCGAGGACAAUAAGGCAGGUCAAGCUGGUGCAACCCACUAGUUUGAUGGUUUCCUCUGUUUUAUAGUUUGUUUGCUCUGCAUGGUACUUGUAAAGCUUAAAUAUUUUGAGUGUUCUGCUGUCUAGAAUUGUUGGAAUUGUACAUAUGGUACUUUUUCGUACAUGAUAAAUGAUUCCGAAUGUUAGUGUUUUUUUGUUCCUACAGGAAAUAUUUUUGAUGAGUACAAAAAGACUGUUUUGUUGACCGAAUGGAACACACGUUUGUCUCUUUCUAUAACGCAGGUUCCUUUUAGCAAGGGAGGCUUCCCUGAGGCGGUGAGGGGUCUGCAGCCCCUCCGUGUGCUUCUCCCGCCCCACCCCGCUCCCUGACUUUGUAAACCCUUUCGGUAAAACUUGACAGGCUGUUCACCCCAGGACUCAGCCGCGGGGUAAGGUCCAGGUCUCCUGUCCCCCUCCCCGGGGAGCCGAGUGCCCGCUCCCCCCGUGUGUGCUCUGGGGUGGCCCCUGCACCACAUCACCUCACAGCCGGCUCUUCUGCUUGUUGUCUGGGAGCGUGGCUGCUGUGGCUUCAGCGUCCCCGUAGACAGUCUGGGGCUCUGAGAAAGAGCUGCCGUGUGGGGCUCUUGUCGCCGAGGACGGUCUGAGUUCCUUCUGUCUGUACACAUUAGGUGGUGAGCUUUUAAGUAACGUAGAGCGGGCUGUCCCCUCAAGAACCACCCCGCGUCAUGGCCAGGCGUGGCUGCUCUCCGUCACCAAGGAGUUAACACUACAUCCUGCAGCCGGGAGGAGGGACGAGGGAUGAUGGCGGAGCCUGCGCAGCCAGCAUGUCCUCCCAGUUGGGGCCUGGGGCGGCCACGAUGGCCGUCACACCCAGACGCGGCCCCGGGCCUCAUUUGCACUGACCCUUCCCUUCUGCAUCAGCACCUCGUUCUCCCCUCGCCUUGAAAGGGACUGAGUGUGUCGAACGUGGCCUCCCAGCGUUGGCAGGAAUUGGUGUUUGGGAUAAAAAAGCUGACCUCAUCUGCAGUCUGUGAGUUCGUGCCACGGCUGAGGGAGGCUUGGUGUGUCCGCCACGAAGCCAUGUGUGUCGGGGGUCUGACCUCGGGUCUGUGGCUCCCACACAGUGGCCCCUCACCCCACAUGUUUUCCGGUGCUGAUUUGCUUGCCCGACUCCAGCGCCACACAGGUCCACUGGGCUGUGUGACAGAAGUCCCAGCAGCUCUGGUCCCAGUGGGAGUUGCAGGUGUGGGUACUGGCUGGAGUUUAUGAAGUAAAUGAUGACCUUGAUGAUCAGUUCUGGCUCAGUCCACUAACUUUUUAUACCUAGCAAUAACCUUCCCGAGCGAGAACUCAGACUGGAGAGAGAGAGCCCCCUUUAUCCUCCGCGUGGUGUGAACAGGGGGAGCACAGCGGGGAGAGCCAGGCCCAUGGCACACAGCCGGGAACCCACCGUAGGGCAUUAGAAGGUGAUUUUGCCAAACUGUCAUAACUCUGCAUUUCUUGCUGUGGAGCCUUCCUGAGAUUCCUGAAUUUUUACAUCUAACUACCAGUCUUUGUGAGGAGGUCAACGAGAGGUGGUGAUUAUACAAGUUUUUUCAAACUCUAAGGAGUUCAGAUUUAAUGACUGAAAUCCAGCAGAUCCAUAGAAUAUAUAGUCUUAUACAAUCAGCCCGGGAUAAAUUUAUAGGUAUUUGGGGGCUGUAUCUUUUUCACUAUGAUUAAGGAGAUUUUAACAACCUAAUUCCCAUUUUAACUUAAUUUAAAUCUAUAUUGCUGUCAUGAUUAAUUGCCAAAAGAAAGCAUUUUCUACACUGAGUUGGGGGGUGGGUCUGAGUAGUAAAUCUUACUGUGGUGUUGCAUGGCGGGGAAGAUUUUAUAUAUAUAGUACACAUGUGAGCUAACACGUUCUUUUGAAAUCUCAAGCAAUACACAGGAAAACCAAUUAUGUAGAUUAAAAUUUUGAGCCCGUCUUUAAAGCAUCAGCAUGUGCUUUUGUUGUUCAGUUCCGUUGUUUUGUUUUGUUUUUGGCUUCCCCCCUCCCCCCUUUUACUAUGUCGGUUACUAAUAGCAGGUUUUCAGACCAAACUGGUCCUGAGAAGUUAUGCGAUGAAAUAAAUCAGUGGAAUUCUCUAGAUAAUACGUUUGGGGUUUAAAAUGCCUGGUCCACCGUGGUAUUUCCUGGCCUCUUUUGGAGUCUUACCAGGUUUUGGUUAGUGUUACUCUGGUGGAGUUUAUGUAUUUUAAAGCCCAGAAUAAAAAUAAUCUCACCUUCAUUUCCUUCCUAGCUAAAUGUCCAUUUUGUGUUAUCAAAUGAUCGUGUCAUAAGCCAGAAAAAGAAAUGUAGAAAAAGUGCUCCCCAAAUCCUUCUGGAACUUGGACCGUGUGUGUGGGUAAGAAGCCAUUCAUCUUCACGGUGAAGGAGCUCUACUAAGCUGAAUUGAAACAGAGCAUCUGUUCUAUUUUUAAACGCACAGGUGAUUGUUUCUAUAGAAAUGGGUUUUAUCUCCGAAAAGUCUUUGUACAUCUUGCUGCCAUAAAAACGCCUUUCAGAACCUCUCCCUUGUCCCUGGUGGUCUAGUGGUUAGGAUUUGGCGCUCUCAGAACCUCUCCCUUGUAUCAAUAUUUCUGUAGGGUGCUUAUAGGGCUAGUGACCUACUGCAUGUCCGUCCGGAGGGCCCGAGGCUCGAGGGGGGCAGCUCCCGGCUGUGUCCUCCCCAGCCCCCCCAUCAUCGGAAAAGCCCGGAAGUGAACCCAGUGUUAGGCUCCAAAUGUCAGGCCCCGGUGACAGGGGCUUCAGGACAGUAGCCUUAUGAGAAGUAGCCUUAAAAUAAGAUUGGGCCACACAGUUAACUUCAGAUUUCAGUCUCCUCCACAAUAUUCCUAACGGUAACGGGGUCGCCUCAAGUGUUGGCUGUUCACAAAGCAGCUUCUCUCCAGUACAUAAAUUCCGCGACGUGUAGACAGUAUUGAACUACCAACAACCUGUUACGGGAGCGGCCUGGACGUGUCUGAGCCGCUCGGGCUCACAUGGCGCAGACAGACCUUCCUGACCGGCCGGUGUGCGAACCCACUGUUGGAUUCCGUCCGCAGAUAAGGACCCCCGGGACAGUCCACCCACGCGGCUUCCCUGUCGUGCUUAAACACAGUUGUGAGAGGUUCACGGCAAUAUAACCGCUAAUGAACUUUCAGUUUAAAUUGUGUACAUUUUUAAAUUGUAAGAUUUUUACUGUAUAUUGAUGCAUAGUGUGAUUCAAUAAAUUGCUUGUAAUUUAAAAACUAUUUAAUAUUCAAAAUAAAUAUAGUUAUAUAUUUAUAAA